CCCGUACUGACGUAGUUCAGGCUGUCGCCGCCCCACUGUGACCCCGCGCUGGGCCAACCACAGCGCCUGCUUUCCGCACUUUUUUCUGCAGCCCAAUAGUGGCUUUCCCACAGAACCACAGGCGGGCCCCCUGUCGCAGUACAGUACAUUCAACUUUUCCAUCCGCUUUCCUGCGCUUUAGCCUUUUGGGCUACGAAUAUUAACGCCUCGUUUCCCUGUCCACAUCUGCCAGCUGCUAGUUUGCCUUUUCCCUUUUUUCCCCUUCACCUUCUGGUGCUCGUCGCUUUUGGGAACCUUUUGCCUUGAUUCUCUUUUUCUGUAUCCCUCUUCAUUACUCCUCCUCUCCUGUGGCAUUCUGCCCAGCUUUGAUCGCCAUCGAUAUCUGAUCUCGAUCCCGCCCUGUUUCGCGCAAUCCAACUGCUUCGUCUUUGUGCGCUUCGCAUUCUGCUCAUUCUGUACUGAGUGCUACAGAUUUAAACUUCGAAGCGCAAAUUUCAAGCAUCAUUCGCAAUUGGCGUCGACUGUCGAUUCUCUUUGCGUACCAACACGGCUACACCUCCCAGCACUUUGCAAAGACACCAUGUCGGACGGUGUCGUACAUCGCGGCAAGGCCGACUCCAGCCAAGACAGCUCGAGCAAGGACCACAACGCCCUUGAACCAACCUUCUCUCGUGACCACGAUGACACGGCCGACCACUUCCUCGAGUCGCUAGGCUACAAGCCCGAGCUGGCGCGCAACCGCUCCACGGCGCAAGUCGCAUUCAUGUCCUUUGUCCUCGCCUCAAUCCCCUACGGUCUUGCCACCACUCUUGCCUACCCAUUGGCUGGAGGCGGCCCCGUUGACAUCAUCUGGGGUUGGGUUCUCGUUUCUGUCAUCAUUGUUUGUGUCGCUAUCUCGCUCGGCGAGAUUACCAGCGUGUAUCCUACAGCUGGAGGUGUCUAUUACCAGGCAUUCAUGCUUGCCCCCGCCAAAUGGCGCCGAAUUGCCAGUUGGAUCUGCGGCUGGCUCUACCUGGUCGGAAACAUCACAAUCACCCUCGCCGUCAACUUUGGUACCACGCUCUUCUUCAUCGGCUGCAUCAACAUCUUCACAGAUGCCAGUGGCAAUGGUGUCUUUGAUGGAGAGAUAUACCAGCGCUACCUGAUUUUCCUCGCCAUCACCCUGCUCACAAACGCGAUCUCUUCCCUUGGCAACAGAUGGCUUCCCAUCUUGGACACGGCUGCUAUCUUCUGGACUUUUGGUGGUGUUAUUGCUAUUGUGGUGACUGUUCUUGCCAUUGCCAAAAACGGACGCCACGAGGCCAGUUGGGUCUUUGGACAUUUUGAAACCGCUUCUGGCUGGCCUAACGGAUGGUCCUUCUGCGUCGGUCUCCUUCAUGCCGGUUAUGCUACCUCAUCGACUGGCAUGAUUAUCUCCAUGUGUGAAGAGGUCAAGGAACCAUCCACCCAGGUCCCCAAGGCCAUGGUGGCGACCAUUUUCAUCAACACAUUCGCCGGUCUCCUCUUUCUUAUCCCCCUCGUCUUUGUCCUCCCUGAUAUGGAUCUUAUCAACGCCGAUAAGUACCUUCAGCCCGUUCCUGUCAUUAUCAAGAACGCUGUUGGUCAUGAAGGCGGUGCCUUUGCUCUUUGUGUCCCGCUAAUGGUUCUCGCCAUCCUCUGUGGUGUCGGCUGCGUCACUGCUUCCUCUCGCUGUGUAUGGGCUUUUGCUCGCGACGGUGCUAUUCCCGGUGCCAAGUGGUGGGUCAAGGUCAACAAGUCGCUCGAUGUCCCUCUCAACGCCAUGAUGCUCAGCAUGGUUGUCCAGAUCCUGCUUGGCCUCAUUUACUUUGGAUCGGCUGCUGCUUUUAAUGCCUUUUCGGGUGUUGGAGUCAUUUGCUUGACAGCUGCCUAUGCGGUGCCCAUUGCGAUCAGCCUGUUUACCGGCCGAAAGCAAGUUCAACAAGGCAAAUUCUACCAAGGCAAGUUUGGUAUGGUCUGCAACGUCAUUUCUAUUGCGUGGACUCUUCUCGCCAUCCCUCUAUUCUGCAUGCCGACAACUGUGCCCACACCUCCCGAUUACAUUAACUACGCGCCCGCUGUCUUUGUUGCCGCUGCUCUCGCGUCUGGCGCUUGGUACUGGGCUUGGGGUCACAGGAACUACGCUGGUCCCCCUGUCAACGACGCCUAGAAAGGACAGGACAAAGCACGAUAUAUGAGUAGCAUUCUGUUUACUAUACUUCAAUGAACAUAUUUUUCUAUACCCCAUACCCGCUUAUCCUCGGUUUACAUCCAUAGUGAUUCCAGCAAUUGCAGUCUCGACUAAUCCCCGUGGCUAUUAAAAUACAGGGUCCAGCUGUUGCA